AUGACCGAUUCUGAAGGACAGAACGAUUCACAAACAUCACCGUUUGCUGUAAUAAAGUCCAUCUUCGAGGACUUCAAUCUCACCGGAGUAUGCGAUGAUGUCUGCCUGCGAGUUUUGGAUAUCAUUUACAAAUAUACUGGAGAAAUCUUGACAGAGGCCAGAGCUCUUGCCAAUUAUUCCGGCCGGUCAAAAAUAACGGAGUCUGAUGUUAGACUGGCUGUAGACUCGAAAGCUGAACAGCUAAUUUUAACUCCCCUGCAUCGUGAACAACUAUUGGAGUAUGCUGAGAAGGUUAACAGUCAGCCAUUGCCUCCAAUAAAACCAGGGCACGGCAUUCGAUUGGGUCCCGAAAAGUACACUCUGACAGCACCCAAUUUCACCGUUACAACUUCUUCGCCCUCGUCCGUGGAUAAUAGCUUCACUCAGUCUUCUGCCGCCCCAACCGGUCCGGUGGCUUCUCGCAUUACCCUGCCUGGGACUGGAUCGGGCGUCACGGUGUUUCGUGUUGCCAGUGCAGCUCCAGGCCACUUACCAAACCUCAUACCCGCAGCUGAAGCGGAUAUAUCUACUACAGUCGGUGGUACUUCUGGUGGUCUGCACGUAAUAGCCCCCGUAGCUGCACCCGCCUCCCUCAUACGCGUGCAGUCGGGAAAUCCUCCCGGAAACGUGCACUCCCCCGUACUCCCGCUCAACAAGACAAACGCGGGUGUUACGCAGUUAGUACUAAAACAAAGCUGGUACAUGUGCUGUCUUGGUAUAAGUCAGACUUGCGAAGCUUCGGCAGUCAAACUGCUAAUGCUGAAUCCAUCGACUUUGGCCCAAAGCCUGUUCCUUUCGUGGCUAGCCUUCAGCGAACAAAAGUCCACCAUCCGUUGCCCGGAGACUUGUGGUCAGCUAAAUUAA